GUUGAGUUGAGAUUCAGUUGAGUCGAGGCAGAGCGUUGUCGCGGUUUAGUAAUUACUUCGCUUACGAUUUCAAGAAUUAAAAUGGUUGUGUUCAACGCUCGUGGGGUCAUGCCGCCUGUCUUUACUCCUCUGAAUGAUGACCUCACCAUCAACUAUGCCGCGAUACCCCCCUAUGCGCAGUACCUUCAGAAAUCUGGCAUCAAGUCGGUGCUAGUCGGUGGCACUACCGGUGAGCACCAGUCGCUAUGUGUGGCCGACAGGAAGAAGGUGGUAGACGCGUGGGUGGCCGUUGCCAAGACCACCGGUCUGCACAUCCAAGUGCAAGUCGGCGGUGCGCCAAUGGCAGAUGUUCAGGAUUUGGCUAGAUACUGCCAGUCAGUCGGCGCUGAUUCCCUGCUGACUCUCCCGGAGCUGUACUUCAAACCCAAGAAUGUGGACGAAUUGGUCUCCUACGUGGAAGUGGUCGCCCAGGCGGCACCGAAACUGCCUGUGUUGUACUACCACAUUCCCUCCAUGAGCAAAGUCGAAAUAAAUAUGCCAGCAUUCGUAGCGAAAGCCACAGCUCGCAUCCCUAACUUCAAAGGCAUCAAGUUCACCGCGAACGACUUGAGCGAGGGCGCGCAAGUAUUGAGGACUCUUAAGGACGACCAAGAGAUAUUCCUAGGAGCGGAUACUCUUGUAGCCCCAGCAGCGUUACUUGGCAUCAAGUCCAGCAUCGGCACCACUUUCAACUUCUUCCCGAAGCUGGCUCAGGAUAUCCUGGCUGCUGUGGAAGCCAAUGACAUUGCAAAAGCAAGAGCACUGCAGGAAACUCUCAGUCUUGCUGUAGAGGCACACACUGUUGAGGGUGAUUGGGUGCCAAUAAUGAAAGCCGGCAUGGAAAUCGUAACUGGCAUCAAAGUGGGUCCGCCGUCUCUGCCCCAACGGCCCAUUUCUGCCGAGGCGAGGAAACGGAUCGAAGGCAAACUCAGGAGCCUUAAACUAGUCAAGUAGAAUUACGAGUAAGAC